AUGAACCAAAAUCUUUGUUUUACUUUAUCGAUUCUUUUUAUCAUUAUUAUUAUUGUUUAUUAUGGAUUAUUACAAGUUGUAGCAGUUGCUCCAAAAGGUCAUCCUAAAGUACUGAAGACUAAAUCAGUGGAGAAAGAUCUUAUAAGAAUGUUAUUAAAUCGAUAUGAACAAUUUGGUAUAAUUGGACGACCAGUAAAUGACAGUAAAAUUAAAGUUGAUGUUCGUUAUGGAUUACAACUUUUCCAAAUUUUGGAUUUGGAUGAGAAUAAACAAAUUCUGCGAACUAACUGUUGGUGUAUGCAUAAAUGGACUGAUUCCCUCCUUCGUUGGAACGAAAGUGAAUAUGGAAAUAUUAAAACAGUUCGUAUAUUUCCAUCUCAGAUUUGGACUCCUGACAUUAAACUGUAUAAUUUUGCUGAUGAACGCUUGCGCGAAUAUAGAGACGCUCGUGUUGUGGUCUCAAGUAAUGGAGAAACACUAUGGCUUCCACAAGCAUUAUUUAAAAGUACAUGUGAAGUUGAGAUCACAUAUUUCCCAUUUGACACACAGAUAUGCAUGUUAGAAUUUGGAUCCCUGACAUAUGAUAGAACUCAAAUGGACAUAUUAUGGUGGAUUCCAGAUUCACCUCCCAUAGAAGAAAUGCCAUAUUUAGACUUCUCAGAUUACGUACCAAGUAAUGAAUGGCGUACGGAUGGCGAGAAAGAACGUGAAGUACACCAUGUCAACCGUACUAUACAAAUUCGAUCAGUUAAGAAACAUCGACGUCGAAGUCAAACUGUUGGUAACGAAGUGAUCACAAGAGAAUAUCCAGUUUUACGAUAUUUAAUACGUUUGAGAAGGAACCCGAGUUUUUAUGUAUUCAUGUUAGUGAUUCCAUGUGUGUUGUUAUCAUCUUUAACAUUGGUUGUAUUUUGGUUGCCUCCAGAAUCUCCAGCAAAAAUGAUGCUUGGAAUGAAUAUAUUUGUGGCUUUUUUUGUCUUAUUAUUACUACUUGCUGAGUCUACACCAAGUGCCGUGAAAAAUUUCCCAUUGAUCGGUGUAUUUUUCUGUUUAAAUAUGAUCAUGAUCACUUUAUCAACAUUUUUAGCCACCAUGGUAAUCCAUCUUUAUUUUCGUGGUGAUCGUAAAGGUGCAGUACCAUAUUUUCUACGUCGAAUUAUAAUAGAAGGGAUUGGGAGACUAACAUUAGUAAGACAAAGAAUCCCAUUGCCAGAUGUAAAGAAUUCAAAAAGGAAUGUUUUUGCAAAAUAUCACAGAAAGACUCUUAUCUCCCAAAUAUCUCCUGCUAAAACCAAACAGGCUUAUCAAAACAGAUGUAAAAAUGAACAAAACAGAUAUUUUGGGGGUGGAUUUUUCCCGCAAUGUAGUGAAUCAGUCAAUCAACCUGCUUGUGGAGAUCAAUAUUUCGAAAAUGUCACCACUAACUGGUCUGGUUCAAAUGAAUUUCAAACACUUAAAGAAUAUUCUGGGAAAUCCUGUCCACAUAUGAUGAAAACGUCAAUCAAACUUAAUCAUCGAAUACCGGAAAUUUUACAGCAAAUUAUGCAUAAUGAUAAUAAUAUGAAUAAUUAUCCAUUCAGAAUGAUAAACUAUGAUGAAUCAGAAAGUUUUAAUUCAACCACUACACUUGAACGUGAUGUUAGAGAACUGAAAAAAUAUGUUAAAAUAGUAGUUAAUCGACAGAAAGAAACAACUCAUAAAAGUUUAAUAGCUAUGGAAUGGCGUACUUUAGCAAUUGUUUUAGAUCGUUUAUUUUUCUUCAUAUAUAUUACUACUAUUCUCAUUGCGGUUGUUGUUUCAGUACCAUAUAACAUCGAAUUAGAAAUACCAGAAGAAUUUCAAGAUUCAGAAGAACGAGUAAAAAACUGA